AUGGAUGCAAAAGCUCGAAAUUGUUUGCUUCAACAUCGAGAAGCCUUGGAAAGGGACAUCAAAACAUCCUACAUCAUGGAUCACAUGAUUAGUAAUGGAGUUUUAACAGUGUCAGAGGAGGAAAAAGUGAAAAAUGAGCCCACCCAACGGCAACGAGCAGCUAUGCUAAUUAAAAUGAUACUUAAAAAAGAUAAUCAUUCCUAUAUAUCAUUCUACAAUGCUCUACUUCAUGAAGGUUACAAAGAUCUUGCUGCCCUGCUGCAUGGUGGCAUUCCUGUCAUCUCUUCUUCCGAUGGCAAAGAUUCAGUUAGUGGAAUAACUUCAUAUGUAAGGACAGUCCUGUGUGAAGGUGGAGUACCACAGAGGCCCGUUGUUUUUGUUACUAGGAAGAAGUUAGUGAAUGCAAUUCAGCAGAAGCUCUCCAAACUGAAUGGUGAACCGGGAUGGGUCACCAUAUAUGGAAUGGCAGGUUGUGGGAAAUCUGUAUUAGCUGCAGAAGCUGUUCGAGAUCAUUCUUUCCUAGAAGAUUGUUUCCCAGGGGGCGUGCAUUGGGUGUCAGUUGGGAAACAGGACAAAUCUGGGCUUCUGAUGAAGCUACAGAACCUUUGCGCACGAUUGGAUCAGGAUGAAAGCUUCUCCCAGAGGCUUCCACUUAAUAUUGAAGAGGCUAAAGACCGUCUCCGCAUUCUGAUGCUGCGCAAACAUCCGAGGUCUUUAUUGAUCUUGGAUGAUAUUUGGGAUCCUUGGGUGUUAAAAGCUUUUGACAAUCAGUGUCAAAUUCUUCUCACAACCAGAGAUAAGAGUGUUACAGAUUCAGUAAUGGGUCCUAAAUAUGUAGUGCCUGUGGAGAGUGGUUUAGGAAAAGAAAAAGGACUUGAAAUUUUAUCCCUUUUUGUUAAUAUGAAGAAAGCAGAUUUGCCAGAACAAGCUCACAGUAUUAUACAAGAAUGUAAAGGUUCCCCUCUUGUAGUGUCUUUAAUUGGUGCACUUUUACGAGAUUUUCCCAACCGCUGGGAGUACUACCUCAGGCAACUUCAGAAUAAGCAAUUUAAGAGGAUAAGAAAAUCUUCAUCUUAUGACUAUGAGGCUCUAGAUGAAGCCAUGUCUAUAAGUGUUGAAAUGCUCAGAGAAGACAUCAAAGAUUAUUACACAGAUCUUUCCAUCAUUCAGAAAGAUGUUAAGGUGCCUACAAAGGUGUUAUGUAUCCUCUGGGACUUGGAAACGGAAGAAGUUGAAGACAUAUUACAGGAAUUUGUUAAUAAGUCUCUCUUGUUCUGUGACCGGAAUGGAAAAUCAUUUCUUUAUUAUUUACAUGAUCUGCAAGUAGAUUUCCUUACUGAAAAGAAUCGCAGCCAGCUUCAGGAUCUCCACAAGAAGAUGGUCACUCAGUUCCAGAGACAUCACCAGUUACAUUCUCUUACACCAGAUCAGGAGGAUUGCAUGUAUUGGUACAAUUUUCUGGCCUAUCACAUGGCCAGUGCUAAUAUGCACAAAGAACUGUGUGCUUUAAUGUUUUCCCUGGAUUGGAUUAAAGCAAAAACAGAACUUGUAGGCCCUGCUCAUCUGAUUCAUGAAUUUGUGGAAUACAGGCAUAUAUUGGAUGAAAAGGAUGGUACAGACUGUGAGAAUUUCCAGGAGUUUUUAUCUUUAAAUGGGCAUCUUCUUGGACGACAGCCAUUUCCUAAUAUUGUGCAACUGGGCCUCUGUGAACUGGAAACUUCAGAGGUUUAUCGGCAAGCUAAGCUGCAGGCCAAGCAGGAGGUCGAUAACGGAAUGCUUUACCUGGAGUGGGUAAACAAAAAAAACAUGAAGAACCUCUCCCGCUUGGUUGUCCGCCCCCAUACAGAUGCUGUUUACCAUGCUUGCUUUUCUGAAGAUGGUCAAAGAAUAGCUUCUUGUGGAGCUGAUAAAACUUUACAGGUAUUCAAAGCUGAAACAGGAGAGAAACUUCUAGAAAUCAAGGCUCAUGAGGAUGAAGUGCUUUGCUGUGCAUUCUCUGCAGAUGACAGAUUUAUAGCAACCUGCUCAGUGGAUAAAAAAGUGAAGAUUUGGAAUUCAAUGACUGGGGAACUAGUGCGUAUCUAUGAUGAGCACUCAGAGCAAGUCAAUUGCUGCCACUUCACCAACAACAGUAGUCACCUUCUCUUAGCCACUGGUUCAAAUGACUACUUCCUUAAACUCUGGGAUCUGAAUCAAGAAGAAUGUCGAAAUACCAUGUUUGGCCAUACAAAUUCAGUCAGUCACUGCAGAUUUUCACCAGAUGAUCAGGUUUUGGCCAGUUGUUCAGCUGAUGGAACAUUAAAGCUUUGGGAUGUGAAAUCUGCAAAUGAGAGGAAAAGCAUUAAUGUGAAGCAGUUCUUCCUGAAUUCAGAGGAACCUCAGGAGGAUCUGGAAGUGAUAGUGAAAUGCUGUUCGUGGUCUGCUGAUGGUGCUAAGAUAAUGGUGGCCGCAAAAAAUAAAGUCUUUCUUUUUGACAUUCACACCAGUGGCCUGUUGGCAGAAAUCCACAUGGGCCAUCAUAGCACUGUCCAGUACUGUGACUUCUCCCCCCACAACCAUUUGGCAGUGGUGGCUUUGUCCCAGUACUGUGUGGAGUUGUGGAGUAUGGACUCAGGUUUAAAAGUAGCUGAUUGCAGAGGACAUUUAAGUUGGGUCCACUGUGUGAUGUUUUCUCCUGAUGGAUCAUCAUUUUUGACAUCUUCUGAUGACCAGACAGUCAGGCUCUGGGAGACAAAGAAAGUAUGUAAGAACUCUGCUACAGUGUUAAAGCAAGAAAUAGAUGUUGUGUUUCAAGAAAAUGAAGUGACGGUUCUUGCAGUUGACAAUAUAAGACGUCUGCAACUCAUUAAUGGAAACACAGGUCAGAUUGAUUACCUAACUGAAGCUCAAGUGAGUUGCUGUUGUUUAAGUCCACAUCUUCAGUACCUUGCAUUCGGAGCUGAAGAUGGAGCCAUUCAGAUUUUAGAACUCCUGAACAACAGAAUCUUCCAAUCCAGGAAUGCGCACAAAACCACUGUUCGGCACAUCCAGUUCACAGCUGAUGGAAAGACUCUUAUCUCAAGCUCUGAUGAUUCUGCAGUUCAGAUAUGGAAUUGGCAGUCAGAGGACCCUUUCUUUCUCCAAGCCCACCAGGAAACAGUGAAAGACUUUAAACUCUUGAAAAAUUCAAGACUGCUUUCCUGGUCAUUUGAUGGAACAGUAAAGGUAUGGAAUAUUACUACCAGAAGAAUAGAAAAAGAUUUUGUGUGUCACCAGGAUACAGUUCUUUCUUGUGAUAUUUCCUCUGAUGGUGCUAAGUUUUCUUCUACCUCUGCUGACAAGACUGCAAAGAUUUGGAGUUUUGAACUCCUUUCUCCUCUUCAUGAAUUGAGAGGCCACAAAGGCUGUGUGCGCUGCUCUUCCUUCUCUGUGGACAAUACCAUGUUGGCGACUGGAGACGACAAUGGAGAAAUCAGGAUAUGGAAUGUCUCAAACGGUGAGCUUCUUCAUUUGUGUGCUCCAAUUUCAGUAGAAGAAGGAGCUGCUACUCAUGGAGGCUGGGUGACCGACCUUUGCUUUUCUCCAGACACCAAAAUGCUUGUUUCUGCUGGCGGAUAUCUCAAGUGGUGGAAUGUUGUCACUGGGGAAUCCUCACAGACCUUCUACACAAACGGAACCAAUCUUAAGAAAAUACAUGUGUCCCCUGACUUCAAAACAUAUGUGACUGUUGAUAAUCUUGGUAUUUUAUAUAUUUUAAAGAUUUUAGAGUAA